AUGUCAACGCCUGGAUCAGCUAGCAAGCUGGAUGAACAUUCUGGAGCCAGCCCGCAACAAACGUUCCAUAGCAGUGAACGUGUCGUGGAAGACCAAUCGCAAAAGAAUAAUAGCCUCUUUCGCAGUUAUAUCCCAAGAACCACAAGACAGAGCUCGCCUGGUCAGGAUUCGACAGAAAAUCGACUCGCUUCUUUUCCCGAAAGACCAGAACGUGAAUUGUACGGAAACGAUUUCCUGGACUCACCUAGCAAGGCUUGGGCCCAAUAUUCCGAUCAAUACGCGCACAAUCAAUGUGCGAACGAAACAAAUGAUGCCACCCUGUCAAAAUUCUCAAACUUGUCGGAUUACAUUUGUGAACAUCUAGAUAAAAAUAAUCGUUUCGGGUUUCACCAGAUUACAAACGGUGAUUCAUUGGACUUUGUAGACGUAGAAUAUAUUGAGUAUCUUAAUGAAAAAUUUGGAAUAAUUGAUAUUAAAUCAAUAUUCGUGGAUCGUUCCGGAUUAGUCAACUGGUUAUUAGAUAAAGAUGGAAAUAUGUAUGAAUGGAACGAGAUGGAGCAAAAUCUUUUAUACAUGGGGAAAAAUCUUGUAGAUGGCCUCACAAAUUACUUUAUAUAUCCAGAAAAUAUUUGUCAAGUCAUGAACAAUGAUGAUCGAGUUCCUGUAAUGGUCGUAUAG